AUGCUCUCUCCGAUUCUCUUCUGCAUCAUCGCGGCUUCCGUCGUUGUCGCCCAGCCGGGUAUGUAUCACUUUACUAUUGGUUAUUACGCCGCUUCACACUUAAUUCACACGUUUUUCCGAGUCUUAUUAUUUUUAUUGUUGCAUAACUGUAGCACCUUUCUGCUAAAUGUCUCGCUUUCAGGGCCAAAGAUGAUCGACGAGACGACGCGAUGGAGUCAGUGUAAAGAUGUGAACCAGUCGAUUUAUGAUUUUCAGAUGGAGACCCUCCAAGGUCAAUUCACAGACCUCUCGCAAUACAGAGGACAAGUACUACUGAUUAUCAACGUAGCUACAUUCUGUGCUUACACCCAACAAUACACCGACUUUAAUCCACUGAUUGAGAAGAAUGCAAAUGGUGGCUUCACAAUCCUUGCCUUCCCAUGCAACCAGUUCUAUCUCCAGGAACCAGCUGAGAACCACGAGCUCAUGAAUGGAAUUAUGUAUGUGAGACCUGGCAAUGGAGUAGAGAGAUAUAAACCGUUUUCGAGUGAAUAUCUAUUCCAGGAGAGCUGUCCGCAAACGGUUGAGAAGAUUGGAAAGACGAAUGAGUUGAUGUACAAUCCAAUUAGAGCCAAUGAUAUCACAUGGAACUUUGAGAAAUUCCUCAUUGAUAGACAGGCGCCCCAACAACUAAGUGUUUGA